AUGAGAGUGGCCUAUCUAUAUCCUAAUGGAUAUGAUUAUGUCGUCGCACAGUGUGCUGUUUGGGCUGCUGGUGGUAUUGCAGUGCCAUUAUGUAUAACCCAUCCGCCAACUGAGCUGGAAUAUGCAAUCAAGGAUUCUCAAUCGUCGUUGGUUUUAGUACACCCACAAUUAGAACAUAUGACAAGCAGCAUUUCAGGUCAAUUUGAUAAAAUAGUUUAUGCUGGACCACAGGAACAAUACAAAGAAAAUCGAGAAUUCGAGAUGCCUAGAUUAUAUCCGAUGGCUACAUCACGUCGCGCACUUAUUAUAUAUACGAGCGGUACCACAGGAAGACCAAAGGGGGUUGUUCUUUCUCAUGCAAAUAUAGAAGCUCAGGCACAAAGCUUGAUAAACGCGUGGAAGUGGAGUGACAAAGAUAAGAUUCUACAUGUGUUGCCAUUACAUCAUUUGCACGCACUGAUAUGUGCAUUAUAUGCCGGCGCAACAGUAGAAAUGCUUUCCAAAUUCGAUGCUAUGUAUGUAUGGCGACGAUGGACAUCAUCUACACGAGAUCUCACCCUCUUCAUGGCCGUCCCUACCAUCUACUCAAAACUCAUCCAAUUCUACAAGACAUCCCUCCCACCUGAUGCACAAUUGAUUGCUACCGAAUCAUGCUCUCAAUUCCGAGUGAUGAUUUCUGGUUCAGCCUCGCUUCCUGUACCUCUGAGAAACGAAUGGAAACAAAUUAGUGGAGGGCAAGUAUUAUUGGAACGGUACGGAAUGAGCGAGAUUGGCAUGGCGUUAAGUAAUGGAUAUGAAGUAGAAAAACGCGUCGAGGGGACUGUCGGAUUGCCUCUCCCCGGUGUGAAGGUUCGGCUGAUUGCCGAUGACGGCACCAAUGUAACUGAAGAAGUAGAUACACCCGGAGAAGUGCAAGUCAAGGGACCGAAUGUAUUUAAAGAAUACUGGAAUCGCCCGGAGGCUACAGCAAAAGAAUUCACUGAAGAUGGGUGGUUCAAAACCGGCGAUACAGCCAUUAGAGAGCCCAGUACAAAAAUGUAUAGAAUCCUUGGGAGAAAAAGCGUUGAUAUUAUCAAGUCAGGAGGAUAUAAAAUAUCGGCUUUGGAAAUUGAGAGAGAAUUAUUGGCACAUCCAGACAUAGCAGACGUUGCUAUCGUUGGCGUCGAAGAUGCCGAAUGGGGACAGAGAGUCGGAGCAGUCGUCGUACCCAAACACAGCGAAACCGCGAUUACUUUGAACGCUUUGCGAGAAUUUGCUAAAGAUAGACUGGCAAGUUACAAAUUACCUACUUUACUAAAACUAUAUGACGACGCGUUACCUCGGAACGCCAUGGGAAAAGUUAAUAAGAAGGAACUGGUGAAGACUGCAUUCCCCCCAAAAAACAAUUAA